CUUGAGUUCUGAACGGAAGAGAACUUCACAACAUCAUGAAAAUGAGGACAUUUUCCCCCAGAAAACAGGAAUAUAAAAGAAGAAUCAUGGAUACAAGACUUCAGAUCAACCAGAGACUAGCACUGUGGAGUGACAGUGUAACGGAACAAAUAUCUGGAACCAGAAAGACAUUAUCAGAUCCAAGCCAGCAGAACAGAAAUGGAUAUCAGGCUGGUGGUGUUGAGCAUUUUACUGGUUGCAGUAAGUGGGCGCUUGCACAGGAGACUCUGCCCGAAAUCCCGCUAUUUAUCAGUGACGUCUUCUGACAUAACAACACUAAAGGAACUGCAACACGAUCAUGAGAAGAACAUGUCUACCAACGCAAUGAGAUGCUACAGAAGAAUGCUGAGACACAAACCAUCUUUAUGUGACCUUAUGCAGAGGGAUCGUCUCAUCCUGACCUUGGAGCGGGUGUCACUAACAGUUGAGGUUCUAACGAAUAUUUCUGUGUCUGCUCAGAAUGAAUCUGUAAAACAGACACUUAUGGUUUUCCUCAAACUGAAAGAUGAUCUGAUGGUCUGUAGAGGAUCUCCAGAAUACAAUGAGCCCACCUCACCCGAGCUGAAGCUGUGGCUACAUCACCUCCAGCAUUUUAAGGAGGCAGCAUCUCCAGAUUGUGUCCAGGAGGCUGUAAUACUUAGUCUUAUCCCUCUGAGAGUGGAAGAUGUGACAUGUUGGGCUCUCAACCACUAAACUCCCUACUGUAAGCACAGAUAAGUUUCUAAUGCUUUAUCUGAAUAUAUU